AUGUUGCCGGAAGGAGACCCUUUUGCAAAAGAAGAUUUGCAACAAGAUGAUGAACAAGCUUUGGAAAUAUUGGAUGACUACUUUGCAGGUGCAGAAUCAGCAAAGCGAACUGCUCGAAUUGCACAGAUUGCUUUGGGGUCACGUCACAAUAGAAGAGCUGGUGAGUUGUUGCUUCGCAUUGCUUCGACAGGGCGGACCAAGACCAACGUGGACCGCAACCUUCGGCGUUGCAUCCACAAAGCUGGGGUCACUAUGCCAGUGGACUUUGUUCUUGUACCAACAACUGUUCAAAUCUUGAAGCCUAAAUUGAGGAUCGACAAUGUUUUUUGGCCAACUUUGUCAAUGAAAAGCUGGGUGUCUGUCCUAGCGGAAUCAUGCCCUCAAGUUCUACUUGGCGGUUUCCGGCUUGAGGAAUCUGAAAAGUGGAGAAACCUAUUUGGAUGGUUCUGGGAUCGGUUUGAGGGAGUUGAUAGGGGCCAUCCCAUCUAUGAGUUUGGCUGCGACCGCACAUGCUGUAUCCCAAUCAUGGUGCAUGGAGAUGAGGGACGAGGCCUGAGGUCCCAAGCAUUUAUGGUAGAGUCAUGGCAAUUUGUCAUCUCUCACUUGGGUCCCUUCACUACAAACACAUCUGGGCAUUCUUUCACAUCCCGGCUGUUGUUUACCUGCAUAUCGUCCAAACUCUUUGAUGGUGAAAAAACACUACGAGAUCUCAACGAUGAAUUUGCCAAGCAACUUCGCUCCAUGUUCUUUGAAGGGGUGCAGGUGGGCAACCAUGUCAUCCGGCUGAUCUGGAUUGCGACAAAAGGCGAUUGGCCAUUUCUUCGCAAAGCAUGUUCACUAUUUACCGGCUUUACCAGCCUUCGCAUUUGUCAUCUCUGCAGUGGACAGGACUGGUGGAGAUAUGAUUCUGAUGCACCUUGGAAGUUAGCUGAAAACAGACCCGGCGAAAGUCCCUUCAAACCUGAAGGGAAUCCAUUUGCCAUUGUCCCUGGAGGGGAUUCCCCAAACCGAAUCCGUCCAGAUAUGGUCCAUACUUUCCACAUUGGCUUCGGCGUUGACUUGGCCGCUAGCUUUGUGGUUUGGCUUUGCAAGUUAGGAAAGCUUGGGAGUAAUGGGAGGCCACGGCAAUCCUUUGAUGAUAAGUUGAGCCUGGCAUACUCUACAUUCAGGGAAUAUUGUCAUAUUCACAAACGGUUCACUGCAUGCGAUCACUGGUCUAUGAAAAAGUUGGGCAUGACUUCGACAAAUGAUUUCCCUACAAGUCUUGGUGGAAAAGGUCACGAUACAGGGGUUGUGUGCAGGUGGCUGGAUUCAUUCCUGCGCAGCAUCGCUUCUUGGUAA